AUAUUUCCCUUUCUUCCCCAAAGAAGAAGUUUUCAUUAAAAAUCAAACUGUUUAUUUGGCACUGUGGGGCAGCCCUUUUUUGAGGAAACCACAGCAAUGGGUGCCUUUGGAGCCCGAGUUCGAAGAAACCAGUUCAUUCUCCUGGUGCUCUUUCUUUUGCAAAUUCAGAGUCUGGGUCUGGACCUCGACAGUCGUCCUACGACUGAAGUCUGUGCCACACACACCAUUUCACCAGGACCCAAAGGAGAUGAUGGUGAAAAAGGAGAUCCAGGAGAGGAGGGAAAGCUUGGCAAAGUGGGACGCAUGGGGCCAAAAGGAGUUAAGGGAGAACUGGGUGAUGUAGGGGAUCAAGGCAAUAUUGGCAAGACUGGGCCCAUUGGCAAGAAGGGUGACAAAGGGGAAAAGGGUUUGCCUGGAAUACCUGGGGGAAAAGGCAAAGCAGGUACUGUCUGUGAUUGUGGAAGAUACCGAAAAGUUGUUGGACAACUAGACAUCAGUGUGGCUCGCCUUAAGGCUUCGAUGAAGUUUGUCAAGAAUGUCAUAGCAGGGAUUAGGGAAACCGAAGAGAAAUUCUACUACAUCGUGCAGGAGGAGAAGAACUACAGGGAAUCCCUGACCCACUGCCGCAUCCGGGGUGGCAUGCUGGCCAUGCCCAAGGACGAAGCUGCCAACACGCUGCUGGCUGACUACGUCUCCAAGAGUGGCUUCUUCCGGGUGUUCAUCGGGGUGAACGACCUUGAGAGGGAGGGUCAGUAUGUGUUCACUGACAACACUCCCCUGCAGAACUACAGCAACUGGAAGGAGGGUGAGCCCAGCGACCCCUAUGGCCACGAGGACUGUGUGGAGAUGCUGAGCUCAGGCAGAUGGAAUGACACCGAGUGCCAUCUUACCAUGUACUUUGUCUGUGAAUUCGUCAAGAAGAAAAAGUAACUUCCCUCUCCCUACGCAUUCGUCAUUUCCCUGUGACUACUGUCCCUGUUAUUUUUAUCCAUCCUUUUGUAAUUGCACUAGAUUCAUUCUGACUCCAGGCAAGUGAGAAAUGCUAGACUAAAUUUUGGGAUCUUCAUCGCCAUGCUUAUCCACGAUGAUUUUGAUCAUUUUCAUACAUGGUAUGUUAUUGAUUCAGUAGCUCAUCAGGUUACAGGUCCCAAGAGAGAACUUGAAUCACUCGUUGUAUAGGAGAUGGUUGUCUACUUCUCAAAUGGAAUGCUAAGAGACAUUUGCUCUGUUGACUCUCUCUAAGGCCCUAAACCACUGUCUAUAUGGCCUAGUGGAUGAUGAAUUGGACAGUGGGUUGAAGAUGACUAGGCUCAAAGCCAGAUAUAUGAGAAGGCUUCUAUUAGUAAUGUCAAGGUACUAUCUGUCUUUGAACCCAAGGUCCCCAGUUCUUUGACCAGUCACCCACCAUGGCCAUAGCCACACUUGCAAGGUCCUCUGUUUGCACAGACAUAGAAAUACUUUAACCUUAAAUCUCUAUAUGAAGACCUUCUAGCUUAGUGACCUAUUCUAGGCCAUAUGGAAUCAUGUAGUUAAAUGUUAUGCUUCUGACUGACAGCCUUCACUGAAGUAUACCAAACAUGGGCCACCUUUCUGUACACCCACAACUUAAUCCCAGGCCUCCAGAUGUUAACCCUCUGAUCUGAGGAAAAGGGAACUCCAGAAAUUGAAAAGAUAAAGAGAGAAACAAAUAUUGUAUAUUAAUGCAUAUAUGUGGAAUCUAGGAAAAUGGUACAGAUGAAUCUAUUUGCAGGGUAGGAAUAGAGAUGCAGAUGUGGUGAACAGUCAUGUGGAAAUGGGGAAGAGGGAGUGAGGAUGAAUUGGGGGGUGUGGAUUGAUGUAUUUGUACGCCAUGUGUGAAACAUGUAGCUAGCAGGAAGCAGCUGCUUAGCACAGGGAGCUCGCUGGCACUCUACGGUGACCUGGAAAGGUAGGAUGGGGGAGAGGGAGGGGGCUCCAGAAGAUAGGGGAUAUGUGCACACGUAUAGCUGAUGUACUUGGUGGUAUAGCAGAAACUAACACAGCAUUGCAAAGCAACUAUGCAGCCCCGCCCAAAAAAGGACCCUCCCAAAAGAGAAAAGCUUAGUUCCCAAACAGUAUUAUUUAUAAUCUUGUGCUAAGAUGACCCCCUUCUAUUAAUAUGUCUCCAUUUUUUCCCUCAUCUUAGGUUUAUCCAUAGCAACUUUCCUUCUCCUGGGCAUGGAGAAUGAGGGAAAGAGUUUGUGAAGCCUUCAGAGAACUCUGGGAGCUUCACAGGGCUAACAUCAUGUCUCUAAGGUCUUUGUCUGCCUCUAAUAUAUCACUCAUGGUGACAUUUCAUGGCAGGUGCUUUAUUCUGUGUAACUGUGUGUUGUAAAAACCCCACAUCAGUGGUGCUUUCCUAUGAUAUCACAAGAUGUCAUUUCCUAUGAUGUCAUUUCCUAUGACAUUUUUCCUAUGACAUCAAAACAAUGUGUCAAGUAUGGCAUUUGGAACUUGCCUAAGACUCACCUAUAUUAUAAUACUAAGCUGUUAAAAUUCUACUUUGAACUGCAGUUCAAACCUCAAAGCAGCUCUCGUUUGAAAUUUAAAACUAAAAGUUCAGCCAAACCCUAGAUUAUCCCCUUGUAAACUGCUGCUCCAGUUAUAGUUUGUGACAUAUAAUUAGACUGUUUAAAAUGCUGGCAAAACAGUUAAUGAAGUAAGAGAAACAGAUCAACAACAUAUGUUCACCUUAAACCAUCUGUUCAUGAUUUCAUCCAUGACUAACUGGUUAUGAGAAUGGAUUUAAUUAGGUUAUUUCCGAGAAUGUUUCAAGGGUCACAAACUCAGGUCCUACAGGGGCCACACAGAUGACAUAAAUAAAUGAAGUGGUACAGGUGGGGACCCUGGUACACUGAACACAGAUUGCCCUCCUAAAGAAACCAGCUGCUUCUCAGUCAUUGCUAUUUUUGCCAUGAAGUACCCAGUGCCACUAUAUGGUCUGAUAUUUAAGAGAAGUCAGAAAGCUGGAAAUUUGUGAGAUAGUUUUCUAUUUUUAAAAGUUGGUGACUUGUGAUUCUUAAUCUAAAUUCUAAGUCAUAUAAAAGAGUCUGCUAGCCAAAACUGUGACCUCUCCACUUCUCACCUCUGAAGAAAAGUUCUGAAGGUUCUAACUAUAUAGUAGGUCAUUAGGACACAGUGAUGUCAAAGUCAAGGUCUCCCAUUUAUACCACAUUCAAUUCAGCUCCAAAGUCAAGGCCAGCCAUUUAUACCACAUUCAAUUCAGCUCAAUAACAGGAAUUUGGUCAAUGUUUAUCAUUCAUCAGGUUAAUAAACUAGUUAUGGAUUCAGACUUUUGAGAAUUAUGGCAUAUUUUGAAAGCAGAGCAAUUAAAUCAGAAUUACAAAGCAAGACAUCAGAUCAAAGUCAGGAUCCCUGGGUAGAAUGCCAGCCAAGAGCUCAAGGAACAAGAGUCUAGAAAUACUUUGGUAGGUAGGUUUAGUCGCUAAGUCGUGUCCUACUCAUGUGACCCCCAUGGACUAUGUAGCCCGCCAGGCUCCUCUGUCCAUGGGAUUCUCCAGGCAAGAAUACUGGAGUGGGUUGCCAUGUCCUCCGCCAAGGUAACUUCCUGACCCAGGGAUUGAACCUGGGUCUCCUGUAUUGCAGGCAGACUCUCUACCGAAUGAUCCACCAGGGAUCACUUACAGGAUGAAAAAGUAGAGAGGGAACAGACACUAAACAUUGCCCAUAGGCAGCUCACAUUGGCACCCAUAUUCUGAGUUGUUCUAAGCUCCCCUAAGUGUGAAUAUUAAUUAUGUGCACUGUUAAUGCUAUUCUUAUUUCUCUUAUGAUCUUUGUAAUAAUAACAGCAUUUCUCUUAAUGACUCAUCUUUGCUGCCAAUGCUUCCAAGAGAAGAUGACAGAGUUUCAGUGAAUAGGAUUUAUCCUGCAAUCUUGCCUGGGGGAACUUUAGAAGACACCACACACUUGAUUAGAUUUGCAGUGAAACUUACUUUGUGCUUACAAAAUAAAUGCCCUCACAUAUUUAUUUUCCCUGUAAUCCUGAUAAACUCUAAGUAUGAAGGGCAGACAUUUUUAAUGUCAUCUUCCCAAAGAGAAUACUGAGGUCCAGGGAAGCUAGACAAUUUACCAAAAUCAAUUUGUGAGAAAAGCAGAACUCCAGCCUGCUGAUCGAAGCUGUCAACCCAGUGUUCUCUCCUGAUUUUACUCUUAUUUUGAAUGGAAUUUCAUCCAUGAUUCUCUUGUGAUAACAGAGGCUCAGAUAAUCUCUCUUGAUUAUUUUCCGAAGUUAAAGAUUAGGGCUAAUUAACAGAGAUGCUAGGAAUUCAGAAAUGUGUGUUACAGAUAUGGUACUUGCAGGUUUCUCUUUAAAUCUGAGAAUGUCUACAUGUCAUUAAUGUGGAGGAGGUGGCUGUGCAGCAUCACUGUAGUUUUGCAGAUAACUUACAGGCUAACUAUAGGGAAAGCAAAACAAAUAUCUUAAAGACAUGAUACAAAUGAACGUAUUUAGAAAA